UACUUUUAUUCAUUCAUCUCUCUCUCUCUCUCUCUCUCUCUCCCCCAGUUUUCCAUCAAUUCUCUCCCCCCUCUCUUCAACGGACCACAACAUUUCCGACCACUUUUUUUUUCUUCUUUUUUUCAUGGAAGAACCACAGCUGAUCACCCCCGUCAAUUUGCCUCCGGGUUUCCGAUUCCACCCCACGGAUGAGGAGAUCGUCACUUAUUAUCUUGCACAGAAGAUUGUCGACGCGGCCUUCACCGCUACCGCCAUCGGUGAAGCCGACUUGAACAAGUGUGAACCUUGGGAUUUGCCUCAGAAGGCUAAGAUGGGAGAAAAGGAAUGGUACUUUUUUUGCCAACGGGACCGGAAAUAUCCGACCGGUAUGAGAACGAACCGGGCCACUCAGACCGGUUACUGGAAGGCGACCGGAAAAGAUCGCGAGAUUUUCAAGGGCAAGUCUGUUCUUGCCGGUAUGAAGAAAACCCUCGUUUUUUACAAAGGAAGAGCUCCCAAAGGUGAAAAGACCAACUGGGUCAUGCAUGAAUUUCGACUCGAACCUAAGUUCGCUCACUUUCUCCGUCUUCCUAGGCCUGUUAAGGACGAUUGGGUCGUUUGUCGUGUUUUUCACAAAAAUCCUACUAUGGCAGCUACCACACCCGUAAGAAGGAUUCAGACUACUUCUGACUUUUCUUCUUCUCUCCCACCCUUGAUCGAUCCUCCCGCUACUACUCAUAUUCCAAUCAACAGCGGAGGAUUAGACGAUUUCGAAGUCAAGUGUAGGCCAUCCGGACAAUCCGAUUAUUGCUUAAAGUACAUCUCAACUGACAGUACAAAUAACGAUCGCCAUCAUUAUCACCAACCAGCAGCAACACUUCCAUUGCCCCCGGCGACAACUACUGCUGCAACCACAAUGAACGUCUCUUAUGCACCGUCGGUUCCUGACAACGGAUUCUUUUCCUUCGAUCAGUUGGCCGCCGUUGGUGGGACAAUGCCACUAACCACACCACCAACAAUGGAGUGCAAAAUGGAACAAACUUCAUGGUCGAUGAUGAGCGGCGUUACGCAAGACGUAUCGUCGUCGAUAGACAACAGCGGUUACGAUCUGGAUGUGUGGGAUUACUAUGAAAAUUGAAAGUAUAGCUGUGUGUGUGUGAUAAGAUCAGCAAUGGCAAUGCUUUCUUUUAAAUUGGCAUUUCCCAUAUAUAUUGAAGAAAAUUAUUGUUCAUGUUGAUAUAGCUGCAUUGCAUGAACAAUUAAAAUUUGAACAACUAAUUAAUUUUAUUGUUUUUUUUAUAUUUAGAUUCUAAUUUUUUUUUUCUGUUAAACAGUCUUUUUUGGGAAGGAAUAUCAGAAGAGAACUUGUAAUGUGUUUGGUUAUUUGUGGAUUGUAAUUUGAUAUAUGUGGCAAUGUAUAACAUUGUAUAGAGUUCUCUCUUUAAUUUUUUUUUUUUUCCUUUCCUUUUAGAGAACUAUGUCGUAUUUUUAAUGUAAUAAAUAUAUGAUAUGAUAUGAUAGAGGUAAAUUAUGGUGUUCCUUUUU